CUACAAUGUCGGAUGUAGAGGAUUCACAGUUCCUGGAAGAACAAAGACAUGGUAAUAGCGGUGGAUAUGCACCUGAAGAACAUCCGCCCAAGCGGCAGAAGCGGGGGAGAUAUGUUUCCAAGGCAUGUGAUGAGUGUCAGAAGAGAAAGAUCAAGUGUGAUGGAAGACUGCCAUGUCGGGCAUGUAGGAUGAAAGGCAGAGAGUGCCAUCGGGAAGCUACUGAUAUGCGUCGACGUGGACUGACAGUCCCGGAUGAGGUGUUGGAGAAAUCUCACUCCUCAGGUGAUCAAGAUAGAGACCAUCCCACAACAAAAGAGCUGGCAUCCCGGCUGGACCGAAUUGAGUACCAGCUAAGCUUGCUCGUGUCAUCUAUCUCCCGUGGGCUUGGUGGAUCGAACGGUUCUGCUUCUGAAGUAGUGAGUUCACAAGACCAUCGUCUAAACCAUGCACGCUCGCUUGGUUCCUCAAGCAUUAAGAGUCCACCGAAGAGCUCGGUGCCGAUGUUCUCUGGUGAGACUUCCAUCGCGCACACGCUGGAUCAGGUCGAAGACCAUUUGGCACAUAUUCGAGGCAUAGAUGGAAAUCGACAUUCUGCUACAACGUCUCAGGCUGCGAAGACAUCUUUGCCUCCGUCGCCAGUUCCGCAUCGGGAAGAUGGCGAUGAAAAUCAUGAGCAAGUUUACAUCAGGCAGGUCUUGAACAACUUUGACAUUGAGCCGGAGAGACGCUGCUGGGAUGAGUUUCUGGAUACGUUUUGUGAAGAAGUUCACAUUCUCUAUCCAAUGCUCCACAUACCAACUUUGAGGCAGAGUUAUAUCGACAUGUGGAAUCGACACCUCCUUUCUCCGGAGUGUGAACUUGGUCGCGAUGAUUCUCGCUUUACCGUUGCCCAGGUUUGGAUUUGUCUCGCGAUUGGGAGAUGUACUCAGUCAGCACGAAUCCACGGUGAGGAUGGCCGGCACUCCGCUGGCUGGAGUCUCUACGAUGCUGCAAUGCAUUUGAUUGGAGAUUUGCUCAGCAGUCCUCGAGAGUGUUCAAGUCCGAAUUUGAUUUUGCAGACAUUGGUCUUGAUAGUUAUCUAUCUUUUCCGCUUGGACGCGAACGAAAGCGCAGAAAAGGUGCUAGCCCUCGCCAUUACGCAUUCACAUAAUCUUGGUAUCCAUCGAUGCAAAGUUGUCGAGGGGAUAUCUGCUUUUAAUAGCGAAAUAAUUCGACGCAUUUGGUGGUGCAUUUAUCUCAUGGAUCGACGAUUGGCUAUUGAUACAGGCCAUCCGUUUCUGAUUCAAGACGUGAACGUUGACACUCCACUACCCCGAGAGCUUAGUGAUGAUUGGCUCACGAGAUAUCGAGAUGAACCAAAGACGAACCGUGAAAUUGAGCCUGAAGUCCAGGAAGAAGUAGCUAGAGUUCCCUUGACAGCGGUAUCAUAUCUCAAUGCCAUGAUAAGCUACUCGCGCUUGGUUGGUAGAGUUUGGGAAGGAAUGUACAGCGUUGGCAGGACCGAGACGGCUCCGAGCCCUCUUCUACGCGAGUCUUUAGAGCAGCACAUCGUCAGAGCCCAGAAGGAAAUACAGCCUGAAUUCCUUCAAAACUAUAACCAACCGUUGAACUGGCAAUUGAGCAAAGUCCCAUGGUGGCGUACUAAGCAAAGGAUGUUGAUGCAUAUUCGCUGGUACUCCAUACAGCUCCUUAUCCGCAAACCAAUGCUCCAGCGAGCAAUAUCCCCAUCGAGUACCAUCCGAGACAGUCCCGAAAACGAAGUUACCUGCAUGCACAUUGCCCAAAACAUGAUCCAGGGGCUAGCCAAGUUUCCAAAAGAGCGUAUUCGCUCUACCUUUACUUUCCUUCAUUACUUUAUCUUUGCUACUAUGAUCUCCUUGGGGUUGAUUAUCAAGGAAGCUUCAUUCAAAGCUGCCUAUGGCAAUGCGACACUACAAGCGGCUAGGGUAUUGAGAACGUAUUGUCGCCAGACGUGGAUUUCUGGGAGAAUGGCACGGUCGAUUUAUAGAUUGAGCCAGAUGGCUACGCGCGUGCUCGGCGAUGGUUCUAGUCGACCAUCCUCUCGUGAAGUUGGCGAGGCCCGGAAGCCUGCGUUGACAAACCGUGCGUCGAAGCAGCCGUUUUCUGCCCCUGAAGUGAAUCUCCAACAGAACACAUCCUUUCUUCUUGAAAAUGCCUUUGAUAACCGACAGAUUUCACAAACCAAUCAGAAUACUCAUGAUUCACCAAUUGGAUUUCCGAACAAUUUCGUCGGCUACUACCCAAUGAAUCCCGGAUUACACGGCCUCGGCUCCUUUGAGGAUACCUGGAACCCCGAACUUACAAAUAUCGUAAUGGGCGAUUUUGAUUUUGAAGAGACCACAGCAAGUAAUUUUGGUCCAACAUUUUCGUCCAAUGUAUACGGGAUUAACCCGGCAUGGACUCAAACGACGACUUUCGCAGCCCCUGAUGCAAGACCUGUUAGUGGACAAAACGCCAUUGAACCCGAUGCAUCAAUGGGGGUGUCUCAAAAUGUACAGGCUACGGACGAGUCAGGGGUGGAGAUAAACUGGCUACAGUCUUUAUUCUGGGAUUCUAUUGGGCCAAAUUCAUAGUUACUGGAAACAACCCGGGAGACCGCAGCUUUUUGAGGAGUGAUUGUAUAUACCCAACAAUAACAACGAAUUGACUGCCGAUACCAUCUUUAAGCCCCUAGCAGCCUAAUCUUGUGACAUACCAUGCCCUCAACAACAUUGAUAUUUAUCGUGGCAGUAUCGUCUGAUAUGAACACCCAGAAUCU